AUGACUUGUGAUAAUACUGUUGAACCUGAAAUUUCAGAUAAAGAUUGGAAAGCUAUUGAAAAAGUUAAAGUUUAUGCUGGAGUAGAAGAUACCACUUUCUAUUCAACUCCAUUUAAUAUUUUACGUUGGAUUUAUGCUUAUGAAUAUAAUUUAGAGGAAGCAGCACAAAAAUAUAAACGUCAUCUAAAUAUACGAAAGAUACUUGAUCUUGAUAAUAUAUUAAAUAGUAAUUUUGAUGGAAAUAUUGAUGAGAAUGCUGAUAAAUAUGCACCAUUAACAAUAAUGGAUAAAGUUGUUUCUAAUGAUGAUAAUAGAAUUUUAGUUAUUGAAAGGACAGGAAUGUUUGAUUUAACAAGAAUGAUUGAAAAUAUUAAAGCAACACCAUUUAUAAUGAAUCGUUUUCGGAUAAUGGAAAUAAUGAUGAGAAAAAUUAUGGAAAUUGAAAAAAGAACAGGAAAAAUGUCUGGUUGUUUGUUACUUUUUGAUAUGAAAGGUCUUAAAUUUCAAUCAAAUCUUAUCUCAAUUAUUACUGGUCCAUAUAGAAUAAUGUGGGGUACAUUAAUUGAACAAUACCCAUAUUUUUAUACUAAAAUGAUUGUUGUAAAUGCACCUAGAUUUAUUAAUGUUUUAUAUAAUGCAUGUGCAGCUUUUGUUCCAAAUGAAUAUAGAAGUCGUAUGAAUAUACUUAAUGAUAAUUGGAAAGAAACUAUCAUUGAACAUAUAGAUCCAAAUUCAUUACCAAAAUGUUAUGGUGGAACAAUACCUGAUCCAAAUGGAUGUGAAUUAUGUAGUAAUAUUGUUGUUUUACCAGAUUCAUCACCAUUCGACAAUCCAUAUGAUAUAAAAAUUGAAAAAAAAGAAAUUGGUAAUUUAAAAGAAUACUCAAUACCAGCAGGUGGUAUAUUAUCACUUACAUAUUAUCUUAAGGAAGGUGAUUUAAUUGAAUUAUAUAUACUUCAAUCACAAGAAUUUACAUUUAAUUGUGUUUAUACAGAAAAUAAAAUAAAAUUAGAAAAGAAAGAACAAUUAAAAAUAUAUCCAGAAGUACAUAUGGGUUGUGAAAGACCAGGUCUAUCAACAAUAGAUUAUUUUAAAUGGUUGAUACCAAAAAGUGGUUAUUACCACUUUGUGUAUGGUAAUGAAAAAGCAUGGAUAUUUAGUGUGAAAUUUGAACUUAAAGCUUUUGUUACAUCAAAUUAUGUGAACGGUGAAAGAAAACGAGAGAUUUUAAAUGAUAUAUAA